AUGGAUAGAGACCGUCUUAAGAAUACUUCUGAAAGAUUUGAGUUGUCAGUUCAGGACGAAAUACCACAGAAUAGGAAUGCAGCUUACACAGAAACAUCGUCAAACAAAUAUCAACUGAGCUGGAAGGUAUGGAAAUUUCGUCGAAGUAUUGUGACAUUUAUGGGUUUUCUGGGCUUCUUUACGAUCUACGCCGUAAGAGUAAGUCUCAGCGUUGCAAUCGUUGCGAUGACUCAAAAAAUUAACGUGACCUCUGAGAAUAGUACCAUUGUGGAAGAACAAGAGUUCAAUUGGGACUCUACAGAACAGGGAUUACUACUCAGUUCCUUCGCCUAUGGUUACAUCUGGACUCAGCUUCUUGGUGGAAUUUUAGCUGCUAAAUAUGGAGGUCAUAUUAGAGAUCCAGGAAGUGAUCCACGAAUUUCACUAGAAGAACGUAACUAUAUUGAAUCCAACUUAGAACGACGGAAUCCCAACAACGUUCGACGUCCUUGGAAGGCCAUCUUCACUUCAUCGGCAGUCUAUGCUCACAUGACUGCAAACUUCUGUGAUUCUUGGACCAAUUAUACUUUUACCUCACAAAUUCCGACUUUCUUGAGCGAUGUGUUGAAGUACAAUUUAGGUACGACAGGAAUGUUGGCAGCAGCUCCCUAUUUAGUUUACAUCAUAGUUGCAGUAGUUGUUAGUACUCUGAGUGAUUACAUAAGAUCGAAAAAAGUUCUAUCAACUCAAAAAGUAAGGAAGAUAAUGAUUGGUUCAGGUUUUAUCAUAAGUGGAAGCUUCCUGGUUCUUAUGUCCAACUUGGUAAACAUUGUUGCUGUCUUUAUCUGCUUGAUAAUUGCAAUUAGUGCAACGGCUUUAACCAGGACAUAUUUCUCGAAUCCCUUGGACAUUGCUCCUAACCAUGCUUCCCUCGUGAUGGGCAUAUCCAACACUGUGGGCGUUAUUUCGGGAAUUCUGGCUCCUAUGACUGCAGGAUUAAUUGCCCAGAAUGGAACGCAAGAUGAAUGGAGAGUUAUCUUCUAUAUUUCAGUUGGAUUUUGUGUCAUCGGAUGCAUGGUGUUUGCAAUUUUUGGGAAAGGAAGUAUCCAGAAGUGGGCAGAAAGCGACACAUUAUCACUUCCAAAAUGUUCAGAAACAAUUAAAGCUACUAAAGUUACAGAGACUUGA